UACCAAAAACCACAUGAACGGUGUAAAAUCCACGAACACAUACUCCUCAUUUACAGAGUAACACCGCUCCUCCUAACCGGAGUUCUGACUACCACUCACCGCCCUCGCCGUCAUCCCUUCAAAAUACUAUAAUAAAUCAGUCAUCUCACCUUUCUCUCUCCCUGUCUCUCUCUCUCUCUCUCUCUCUCUCUCUCCUCGCACUGUAAAUCAGUGAACAAAAGAAUUAAAAGGACUAAAACAGAAUAAUAUGAUGAUACUGCCAUAAAUCCAGAAAAGAAAAUUCACAUCUGGUCUGGCUUUGCAAAAAGUCCACCUCUUUCUCUCUCUCUCGAUGACCGCCGGCCAUUCGGUCUCGGAUAAGUGACGAUUGGCAUGGCGGAUGACGUGGUUCCGAGAACAUUCCGAGCUCUGGUGGAGAGCGCCGACCAGAAGUUCGCUAGGGUUCGAGACGUGCCUGCCUACGGACGAGGACCGAAUCACUACUUCUCCAAGGUGUUCAAGGCCUACAUGAGGCUCUGGAAGUACCAGCAAGAGAAUCGCAAGAAGCUCGUCGAGUCCGGACUCCAGCGCUGCGAAAUCGGCGAGAUCGCUUCUCGGAUUGGCCAGCUCUACUUCAACCAGUACAUGAGGACCAGCGAGGCUAGGUUCUUGCUCGAAUCCUAUAUUUUCUAUGAGGCCAUUUUCAACAGAGCCUACUUUGAGGGAUCCAAGGGUUUCUCCAAGGAUCGAGGUUUGAGGUUCAAGGAAUUGAGGUUUUACGCCAGGUUUUUGCUUGUUACGCUUAUAUUGAAUCGAUUGGAGAUGGUGAAACUUCUCAUGGAGAGGUUCAAGGCUCUUGUUGAUGAUAGCAUAGCCACUUUUCGGGAAACCAACUUCAAAGAGUGGAAGCUUGUGGUGCAAGAAAUUGUUCGGUUUAUGAAAGUUGAUACAGCAUUAAUUUAUCUUAGGCCUUUGCGAUAUUGUGCUAAAUUUGAUUCCUAUCCAGCUUCUCUUCCAUAUGUGGCCCGUUUCCAUGCGACGAAGGUUCUAAAGUGUCGAGAUGCACUGCUAACAAGCUAUCACCGAAAUGAGGUCAAAUUUGCAGAGCUUACUUUGGACACUUUCAGAAUGAUGCAAUGUUUGGAAUGGGAACCAAGUGGAUUGUUCUGUCAAAAGCAUCCAGUUGAAUCACGUGAGAAUGGUGCUCCAAUUGAUCAUUCUGCUAUUUCUGGGCUAAUUGAUAUGAAUUUGGCUGCUGAUAUGACCGAUCCAACUUUGCCUCCAAAUCCAAGGAAGACGAUUCUUUAUCGUCCAUCAGUGACACAAUUGAUAGCUGUUAUUGCUACGAUCUGUGAGGAGCUUCCUCCGGAUAGCGUGAUGCUAGUAUACAUAUCAGCCUCAGGGAAAGCGGGUCAUAGUAAUCUUUCACAGAUGGAAAGGUCUGGAGUUUUAAGCAAGCCUACAAAGGUCAAAGUUGUUUCUCAUACUUCCCAUGGACAAAAUAGUUGUAUUCCUGAAAACCAUGUUGAUGACAAUGGGAACUCGGGGCACUGUUCUGAGGAUUCUUUGUGGUUAGGUCCUACCAGAAAUGGAGGUUCAAAUACUCUUUACGGGGGUGAUAUAAUUCCUUUUACCAGAAGACCUCUUUUCUUGAUUAUUGAUAGCGACAACAGCCAUGCAUUCAAGGUUCUGCAUGGUGCAGAAAGAGGAGAAACAGCUGCCCUUCUUCUUUCCCCUUUGAGGCCAUCAUUCAAGACUGCUGAUGUAACACAAAAUGGAAGUCAGUUUACGUUGUUCUUAACGGCUCCUCUGCAAGCAUUCUGCCAAUUGGUUGGCCUCACCUGUUCUGACAAUGAUGCUGAUGUUUACAAUGAUGCUGACAAUGUGCUCUCCACUUCAUUCUCCGAGUGGGAAGUGAUACUCUGUACAUCAACUAUGUUGGACCUUGUUUGGGCUCAAGUUUUAUCUGAUCCAUUUCUGCGGCGGCUAAUUCUUAGAUUCAUUUUCUGCCGAUCAGUGCUUACUUUUUUCUGCCUCCGAGAGGAUAGUGAUGAAUAUUUGCCAGUUUGCAUACCCCAGCUGCCCAAUUCUGUUUCUCCAAACUCUGAUGUUGUGCAGUCAGCCAUCUUCCGGCUUGCAAGCCAUCUGGAUGUUGCAGACUGUUUUUCACUUAAGUGACACAUAGUUAGGACCCAGAAAUGGACAAGCGAAUUUGUAUAUUUAGAUUGCUACCUUUCAGAGCUAAAGGGUUACACCAAUAGAAAGAAUGGUUCAAAGAUUUGCAAUACUUAAGCAAUGAUAGGGUUUUUUGCUGGCAAUACAGGAAUUUUUUUCUCUUUCUUUUUUUGGGUGUCGGGUUGCUUUUGUUUGUUUUAGUGCGUAUCUGCAGCCCCGCUGUUUCUUCUGUUGUGUGUGCAGAAUUAAUUUAUAAAUUUGUUCUUUCUGGGGGUUAGCUGGUUGGUUUAUGUCGGAUGCUCUUGGGUGUGUUGGUUCCAAGUGGGCCUUGUGGGUGAAUAGUUCAUUGGGCUUACUACUUGUUAAGGUUGUUACAGAAUUAGUGCCUAAUUUGUUUAUACCUUUUGUAAAAGAGAACUUGGUAGUUGUUGAAUGCAGGAUUUUUUUUCUUUUCUUUUCUUUUCUUGACAACAUUCUUACAGAUAUUCAUCGCUACAUUACUUGUAAGAGGCAGAUUGUAGACAUGUUAAAGAACUCAUGAAUGCUUAUUUGAUCUCAGUUGAAUGAA